CUAACGUUACAUGUCAGGCACCCAUCUGCUAAAAGCACACUAUAUCAUGAUACGGUAUCUAAAUAGUAUCAUUGUUCAAAACAUUUAAAAGCAAAAUACGACUGUAGUUUUAAUUUAGGUUAUGAGACAGGCCAGAUUUAGCUGAGCUGCAUUCACAGUGUUAUCACAUGAAAGCCAAAUCGCAUUCAUGGCGUUAAUUAGCCAACUGGCUACGUAACGUUAGCUCAGAGCGUUGACGGGUCGGCAGACAGGCAAACCCCUGCGUGCUGUGUCCACUGCACUGCCCUUUUUGCACAAUUCAGUGAGACAGGACGGGCUGCAGUCAAAGAGAACGAGGGACGAGGCAAUGACAACAUUACGAGACACAGAGGAUGCCAGUGAAACAGACCUUGCCAAGCACGAUGAGGAUGACUAUGUGGAAAUCAAAGAGCAGAUGUACCAAGACAAACUGGCUUCUCUGAAAAGGCAGCUGCAGCAGUUACAAGAAGGUACGCUGCAGGAGUAUCAGAAGAGAAUGAAAAAGCUAGACCAGCAGUACAAGGAGAGGCUCCGAAAUGCAGAUCUAUUUCUUCAACUUGAGACAGAACAGGUGGAGAGGAACUACAUCAAGGAGAAGAAGGCAGCUGUGAAGGAGUUUGAUGAUAAAAAGGUUGAACUGAAAGAAAAUCUAAUUGCUGAGCUGGAGGAGAAGAAGAAGAUGAUAGAGAACGAAAAGUUAACAAUGGAGCUGACAGGUGAUUCUAUGGAAGUGAAGCCCAUCAUGACCCGAAAGCUGCGACGGCGGCCCAAUGAUCCGGUCCCGAUACCAGACAAACGGAGAAAACCUGCACCAGCUCAGCUGAAUUAUUUGUUAACAGACGAACAGAUAAUGGAAGAUCUAAGAACACUAAAUAAGCUCAAAUCACCGAAGCGGCCAGUGUCUCCCUCGUCACCAGAGCACGUCCCCUCCGCCCCCAUUGAGACCCCCUCCCAGCGCUACGAGGCUCGCAUCGAGGAGGGCAAACUUUACUAUGACAAAAGAUGGUAUCAUAAAAGCCAAGCCAUCUACCUGGAGUCAAAGGACAACACCAAGAUUAGCUGUGUCAUCAGCUCAGUAGGGACCAAUGAGAUCUGGGUGAGGAAGACGAGUGACAGUACAAAGAUGAGGAUUUACCUGGGGCAGCUGCAGAGGGGAGCGUUUGUCAUUCGCCGACGAUCGGCCGCGUGAAAUAUCUGCCUACCCUUCCCUCCAACCUCCAUCUGUUCCUUUAUCCAUCUAUUAAUCCAUCCACCCGUUCAGCCUCUCCAUCAUCCGGUUUCCCCAUUCAGUGCAUCUCAGUUGGAUUGAACCUGUGGACCUUUAUUCCUCUUCAUACACAUGGCCCCCUGCUACACAAACACAUGCACUCUGUCUGUCAUAGAAAAAAUUAUCUCAUCAGAUUUGGUUUGUUUUUUCCAGUUUAAACCAAAUGUCAGUACAAUGUGACUGUUAUCUAAAAGUGCUUGUCACUAUGUGUGAAGCCCUCAACACACAUCAUUUCUCUUCCUCGCAGUCUUAACUUCAUGGUUAAGUUAUUGUUUUUUAGCCAGGUAAACAGUCCUCAAGCGUCAAGUCAUGUCUCAAUGAGGUUGUGCAACAAACAAGCAUUGAAAACCUAGUAUUAUUAAACCGUCAUGCAAAUGUUCCAUCAACAGUUGGAGGCGACUUUCUUUGAUGGCUUGUUAAAAAACCUAUUGACAUUUAGUUUCUUAUUUGGGACAAAAUGUAUUUCGUCUUUUUCAUGUUAAUAUUUUUGUCAGAUUAUGUGAUCACUCGAUGUGUGAAUGCCCUGAUGUGACUCAGCGGUAUUUGCAUGUGGAGCAUUAUGUUGUUACUGUUUCCAUUUUAUUAAAAUAUUUUUGCCUUUUCAUAA